CGGGAAGGAGCUGGCGCUCUCGCAGGCGCGGGCCUGGGCUGUGGAAACUCUCGCGGGACGAAGUGUCGUUGCCUCGGCAACCGCGUUGCGCCUGUAAGAGAUGGCGGGGCGAAACGUUGGUGUCAGGAGACGCAGCGUUCCAGGGACGCCGCUCCCGCCACGCGUUCAGAAACCCGCUACCCCUCGAACCGACCUCCUCGCCAAGGAGGAAGAAUAUAAGCGUUUAAAUGCAGAAUUGGAAGCAAAAACAGCUGACCUGGUUCGACAAGCUGAUGAAGUAAUAAGAGAUCAGCAAGAAGUACGAUCUAGGCCUUUGGCAACACAAAUUAAAUCAUACAAAGAGGAAGAUGAUAACAGUUUAAGAGGUCUAUUAUCUGAAGGCAUAGUUCAUCUUCAUUCAGAAACUAAGCCAAAGACCAAAAACAUUGAUUCGAUAAACAAGGUUCAAAACAAACUGCACUCUGGAAAUAAAGAAAGGAAAACAAAUUCAAGUGUUAAAUUGAAAUGCUCUGAUGUAGAAACUACUAAUGAUGUUGCCAUUCCGGAUGAUUUAUCAGACUUUUCUCUUGCAAAAACAAUAAGCAAAAUUGAAGGGCAAAUGGAGGAAGAAAACUUACCUGAAUAUAUGGAUGAUGAUCUUUUCUCUGGUGUUAGUAAUAACAUUGGAACAGAAGCUCAGAUCAGAUUUCUAAAAGCCAAACUCCGGGUUAUGCAGGAGGAAUUGGACAAUGUUGUGUGUGAAUGCAAUAAAAAGGAAGAUGAAAUUCAGGAUUUAAAGUCUCAAGUAAAAAAUUGUGAAGAAGAUUGUUUGAGACAGCAGCGAACAAUUAAUAUGCAACAGUCUCAAAUAGAAAAGUAUAAAACUCUUUUUGAAGAAGCAAACAGAAAAUGUGAUGGAUUACAGCAAGAGUUGUCUUCAGUAGAAAGGGAGUUGGAAAAUAAAAGAAGGCAACAAAAACAGGCUGCAAGCAGUCAAAGUGCUACAGAGGUUCGCUUGAAUAGAGCUCUAGAAGAAGUGGAAAAGUAUAAACUGGAGUUAAGUAAGUUAAGGCAAGAUAGCAAGGAUAUAGCAAAUGAAGAAUACACAAAAAUUGAAGCGUUAAAAGCAGAAAACAAGAAGCUAGAAAAACAAAAAGGAGAAUUAAUGAUAGGAUUCAAGAAACAAUUAAAAUUAAUUGAUGUUUUAAAAAAGCAGAAGAUGCAUAUUGAAGCUGCCAAGAUGCUAUCUUUCACUGAAGAGGAAUUUAUGAAGGCACUUGAAUGGAAAAAUUCAUAAAUCACCUACUUCAAUUAGUCUCUAUGAGCAUGUGAUGGAUAUCCAUUUUAUUUAACUUAUGUUGUAAUGGUCUGAAUUAUUUUUAUUCUUCAUAGGUAAUGAAAAUAAUUAUGAAAUCAAAACUAUUCUGAUGUGUAAUUAUUAGGAAAAGGAGACAUCUUGUAAAAUAACAAGAAUUUAAUUUUUGACAUACUAGCCCUUUUGAGUUUUUACACUACAUUUAUAUGUUUUAUGUUCUGGAGAAUCAACAGAGAAAUUCUGUUUUUAAGUUCUUAAUGUGACAGUCACAUUAGAUAUAAAUUAGAGAGUGAUGAAUUUCAAAGUGCUUUAAUAUUUCUCCUCACAGUAGACAGAAACAGAUGCUUUUUCAAACCAAAUUCUAAAAAUUUAUUUCUCUGGCCGAAUCAAGGAAGUAAAGUUCCUAGACAUAGAGGGUGUUCACUGUGAGUAAGGUGGACUUUGUGUUCAAAGUGAAUAUACUGAGAAGUUAGCCCCCUGGUUUUGCCCUGUAAUGUAUUUUUAUAUAUGGAGUGUUGUAAUAAGGUGUUAUUGUGGAAUGCAGAUUUUUUAAUUAUCAGUACAAAAAGUUUGACUAGACUUUCCAGUUAAAUACUUAUUAAUUUGUUUAAUUUUAAUCUAACUGCUUACAAAUUAUGAGAUUCAGUAAGGUUUUAGAAAAGGCAAACAGACAAUGGAAUCCUGUCACUGAACCAUUAAGCAAAAGUUACGCUGACAUCUAGUGGUAACAUACAAAAGAAUAUAGAUUUUACCCAAUCUUGAUAUCACUUUUCUUCACAAAUGUCACUCCUUUUCUGAUACGCUUUCCUAAACUCUUCCCCAAGCAGAUCAAUAUCAUCCUCUUUUUUAAAUACUCCCUGCAAGAAAAAUAUUUUUGUUGGUUAGUUUUGAAUGCCAGAAUACAUCACUAAAUGCUAAGACUGACAAAGGUUAGUAAAGUUAUCGCCAAGAAAAUAAAAUCUAUUCAAUAGGAUUUAUGAAAGUUUUAAAAGAAAAAAAAUCAA